GAUUCUAUGCAUAGGUUCGCUCACUGUGCGCCGUUCUCCCUGACCCGCCCAAGGCCGCGCCCGCGUCUGCUGCUCACUCCCUUCGCUGCCUACCGCCUUUUCCACAACACCAGAACACGCACCGCUGUCGUACGUCGUGCCUCCAACUUCGUCGAUACUGAUCCAUGCAUCGGUUCGCUCGCCAUGCGCCGUUCUAUCCGACGCCCUCAUGGCCAUCCACGACCCUCUUCUGUGUCCCUUCCUCGCUACCCAGCACCUUUUUCGCAACACCAGGGCAUGCGCAGCCAUCGUACGUCGUGCCUCCCUCUUCGCCCAUGCGACUUCAUGCACCGGAUCGCUCGCUGUGCGCCAUUUUACCCGACGCGCGCAACGCCGCCUGCGCGCCUCUGCUGCUCACUUCCUUCGCCGCCCACCGCCUUCCUCACAUCACCACACCACGCGCAGCCGUCGUACGUCGUGCUAACGACUUGCCCGAUACCAAUCUAUGCAUCCAACCGCUCGCUAUGCGCCGUUCUCUCGGGCGCGCCCAAGGUCGCCCGCAGUCGUCUGCUGCUUACGACUUCCUUCGCCGCCCACUGCCUUUCUCGACGCGGCGCAGCAUUUGCCAUGUGGAUCCCGUCGUGCUCUGCGUCCCGCUCAUCCUUUGGGUCAACCGACAGCCUGUGCCUGCCCUCCAUCAUGCGCAACAGCGGCGAUGUGCGAACAGCACGUACAUGUGCCCCCGGCCACCCGAUGCGCUGGACGCGCUGACGCGAAUGCACAUGGCUCGACAUCGAGAGGUCAUGCAUCAGCGCCGCCCACUACACCACUCGCACGGCGCGGAAACGACCACGAACCUGACCAUGUUGCGUGGUGCACGCACGUUGGACAGUGCGCGAUUCGGACGGCGGUCAUGCAAACAAGACGUCCAAGCCCUCGACUGACGCUCCGGAGCAGUCACGAUCAGUCUAUCCCAGCCUCUUACGGCGAUCUGUGCCGCGCGUCCGAGCACGCACAUCAGCAGCUUCCGUACACAACGUUCAACACGACGUCCGUCUGGGCGACUCUACCUACACACCCGUGAUCGCGCGGGCUCCCCGAC